CGCACAAGAGGAGACACCCCGAGAAAGGGACCCCGUUCCGCCGGACAGAGGGAAACUAUUAUAUAUUAUCUGCGUUUUCCAAACAUCAAUGUUUGAGGAAGAGGCGAUGCAAGAGGAGUCCAGCUCCCCGGAGUCUCCAGUGGACAGUCUGGGGAACAGCGAGGAGGAGCCCGACAGGCGACAGCAGAAACGCCGCAGCAGGAAAAGACGCCCGAGAAGGAAGAGCGGCGAGGAUUCGGACAGCCCGACGCCCGGGAAGCGGAGCAAAAAGUGCAGCAGCGGCAGCGGCAGCGGCAGCCCGCAGUCUCUGGAGGACCUGCAGACGCAGCGCGUCAUGGCGAACGUGCGCGAGCGUCAGAGGACUCAGUCUCUGAACGAGGCGUUCGCGUCGCUGCGCAAAAUCAUCCCCACGUUACCCUCGGACAAGCUCAGCAAAAUACAGACGCUCAAGCUCGCUUCCCGGUACAUCGAUUUCCUGUGUCAGGUCCUGCAGAGCGACGAGCUGGACUCCAAAAUGUCCAGCUGCAGUUAUGUGGCGCACGAGAGACUCAGUUACGCGUUUUCCGUCUGGAGAAUGGAGGGCGCGUGGUCCAUGUCAACAUCCCACUAAUGCACGGAUGCGCGCUUUCGGUGCAGCACGAUUUUCGGCCUUGAGGAGCUGAACUCACUGGAAGGAGCGACACGAAACAAUGGCGAACAUAGGGAUUAUAAAGGGAAGGUUCUGGAGCGUCACGACGCCGUUGCGAGCACUUACAGACACGGGACCAGGAAUUACAAUCAGAUCUGUGCUGUUGUGACGGCGAAUGUGGAAAACAUGUGCUUCUGUCUCUAGACCAACAGAGAGACUCGCCGCGCUUCUGACAGCAGCCGUCAUAUUUAUUACAGAACGAAUGAAGGAAAUAUGGAAGAAACUCGGCUCAUAACACUUUCUCUGACUGGUCCUAGAAAAUACAUUUAUUUAUUUAUUAAUGAUUGUCACAAUGCAGAAUAGAUCUGGUGUCUAUGCAUUUUCUAUUUUAAAUACGAUGUACAUAUGUGUAUAUUU